AUGGAUAAAACCCCAUUAUCAUUUGAUCUUCCAAAUAAUAUUACAAUUGAUAAUUGUAGUGCAAAUACAGUUUCAAUUUGGACUUUCAAUGUUUCAUGGCAAGUAUUUUUUGCUAAAGUUUUCGUGCCUACAAAUUCAUGGAUGAAUAAAAAUAAGAUGUUAUAG